GUACGUCCCCUUCAAUGCCAAGGAGAAGUUCAAGAUCGAAUCUGAGAUCCACCGUGCUGUGGUGGCCAGAGAUCCAAGGAACACCAACUUCCUGGAGUACAGGAGCUACAAGAUCAUCUACAGGCGAUAUGCGGGAAUGUUCUUCAUCUUCUGCGUUGACAUGAAUGACAACGAGAUGGGAAUGCUGGAGCUCAUCCAUCUUUUCGUGGAAGUGUUGGAUGGGUACUUCGGAAAUGUUUGCGAACUGGACCUAGUCUUCCACUUCGACAAGGUCUACCGAAUCUUAGACGAGCUCUUGCUUGCGGGAGAAAUCUCCGAGACGUCCACGCGAACCUAA